AUGAAUCUCUUCAAGUAGAAAGUGACUUACUAUUACGAUGAGGAAUUUGGUACAUUUAAUUAUUCAACAACUCAUCCAAUGAAACCUUUGAGAGUAGCCAUAACAGAUGACUUAGUGGGCCAUUAUGGGCUAAAAUAAUAUAUGAAUUGUAUUGUUUAGGAUCAAUCUUUUGUUCAAACCUAUAUCAAAAGGGUAGAUGAGGACGUAUUGACUUAAUUUCAUUCUGAAGAGUAUAUUGAUUUAAUAAAAAUAAUUACACCAGAAAAUAAGUGUCAACAUGAAGAUCAACUUUAUAGAUUCAAUUUCAUGGAAGAUUGUCCGGUCUUAGAUAGAUUAUUUGAUUUUUGUUUGUGUUAAACUUCUGGAUCAGUUGGGGCUGCUUGUGUUAUAGCAGAUUAGAAGAGCAACAUCGCUAUAAAUUGGAGUGGUGGAUUACAUCACGCGAAAUAAAGUGAAGCAAGUGGAUUUUGUUAUGUUAAUGACUGUGUAUUAGGAAUAUUGGAGUUAUUGAAAACAUAUUAAAGAGUUCUUUAUAUUGACAUAGAUAUUCAUCAUGGAGAUGGAGUAGAAGAAGCAUUUUACCUGACUGAUAGAGUUAUGACUUGCUCUUUUCAUAAAUUUAAGGAAUACUUUCCUGGAACUGGACACAUUGAUGAUAUUGGACAUGAUAAAGGAAAGUACUAUGCAGUUAAUUUUCCAUUGAAUGAAGGCUUAAAUGAUGAUUCCAUUUAAUUAAUAUUCAAACCUGUGAUUGACAGUAUUAUGGAAAAUUUUAGACCAGAUGUUGUAAUGUUGCAAGGAGGAACUGAUAGUCUUAGUGGAGAUAGGUUGGGAUGCUUUAAUUUGAGCAUAAAAGGUCAUGGUUCUUGCACUGAAUACCUCAAGAAAUUCAAUGUCCCUAUCAUAAUGGUAGGCGGUGGAGGAUAUACAUUACGAAAUGUUCCUCGUUGUUGGACUUAUGAAACUUCCCUUGCCUUAAAUGUGCCAAUUCCUGAUAAUAUUCCUGACGAAUCUGAUUACAAGGUUUACUUUGGGCCUGAGUAUCAAAUUACAUUUACCAAUCUCUAAUAUGGAGGAAUAGAAUUCAAAGGAAUAUUUAGAGAAAAACAUAUCUUAGACAACCUAAAACAAAUAUAACCAGGUUGUGCAUAAAUAGAUCAUUAUGCAAUCGGCAAAGAGAGCAGAUAAAAAGUUGACUAUCAGGAAUUAUUCUCAUCAUACAAUGAUAAAAGAGAAGAAAUGCAAUUAGAAUAAAAUCAAGACUAAUAAGAUUGA